AUGCUUGAGCUCGGCAUCAUUCUACUCGAGCUAUGGCAGGCACAGACAUUUGGCUCAUACGUAGGAAAAUUCCAAAAACCCUAUGAGACCCUGGGACCUCGGUAUGAUACGGCACGCAACUGGCUGGAGGCCAGUAUAGGCGAGAUUCUCCUAACCUACGCCGAAGUGGUUACCAGGUGCAUCGAGUGUACCUUUGCGAUGAGUACUGUAGAUAUGAAAUGGAAUGACAAAGAAUUACGGAAAUCGGUCUAUCGCUAUGUCGUUAAACCACUUGGAAGCCUUGUUCACCCAAAUCUCGGAGAAUAG